AUGGUCAUGGGGAGAUCAAGAAGGGUGUACGCGAAGUUGAAGAGAACGGUGAGGCAACAGAGAGGGAAGUUGUACAUUAUGAGGGUUUGCAUCUCUAUGCUUCUCUGUUGGCACAAACAAUCUUAA